UUCUAUGGGCUGCCAAAACACAGACAGCUCAGUCACCUGGAGGCUGUUCAGCACUGAAGAAUACUGAAUGGCUUCACCAUACGGACACUGGUGACUUUGAGAAACAUUUGCUGCCUCCUGACUGUUGUGGAACUUGAGAUACUGGAUAUCCUAAUCAACUUUUCCUCCACUUGGAUCCAGAGAGUGAGACUAAUAUUCUGUGCUGUGUAAGGCUUUGGCCGGCUGAGCUACAGCCUGUCGACUCAUGGCGAUAAACACAGAUGUCGAGGACUGGGGCACAGUUGGGAGUAAUGACUCUGGAGAAAGGGCGUGGCUCUUGCAGAGCCCCAGCGUGGAUUCUGUCCGGCAACUCGAGGGGGACAGGAGGGAGAGUGGGGGCGUGUCGGCUUGGGCGGCUGUCUUCAUUGUAGUGAACGCAGCAUUGGGAGCGGGUCUGCUCAAUUUCCCAGCAGCCUUCAGUAUGGCAGGAGGAGUGACUGCAGGAGUUAUGCUUCAAAUGUCAAUGCUAAUCUUCAUUAUCAGUGGACUGGUCAUCCUGGGCUACUGCUCCCAGGUCAGUAAUGAAAGCACCUAUCAGGAGGUCGUCCGAGCCACUUGUGGGAAAUUCACAGGAAUCUUAUGUGAAGUAGCCAUUGCUAUCUACACCUUUGGGACGUGCAUUGCUUUCUUAAUUGUCAUUGGAGACCAGCUCGAUCGCUUGGUGGAUGCAGUGGCUCAGGACACAGAUGGUAAAAUCAGUAGGCACUGGUACACUGACCGCAAAUUCACCAUCUCUGUCACUGCCGUCCUGGUUAUUCUCCCUCUCUCCAUCCCCAAAGAGAUUGGCUUUCAGAAGUAUGCCAGUGCACUGAGUGUGAUGGGAACCUGGUAUGUGACUGUCGUGGUCAUUAUAAAAUACAUCUGGCCCGAUAAAAAUCUAUCUCCGGGCUACAUUCCCACCAGUUCUGCUUCCUGGACUGCAGUUUUCAAUGCAAUGCCUACCAUAUGCUUUGGUUUCCAGUGCCAUGUCAGCGCAGUGCCGGUAUUCAACAGCAUGAGCCGGAAAGAGAUCAAACCUUGGGGACUUGUAGUCACUCUUAGCAUGAUAAUCUGCCUCUUCGUUUACACAGGAACAGGUGUGUGCGGCUUCCUGACAUUUGGCUCCAACGUCAGUCAGGAUGUGUUGAUGUCGUACCCUCCGGAUGAUAUCGCUGUUGCCAUAGCGAGAGCUUUUAUUGUCAUCUGUGUCGUCACCUCCUACCCCAUUUUACACUUCUGUGGCAGGGCCGUUAUAGAAGGACUUUGGCUGCGUUUCCAAGGCGAGCAGGUGGAGGUUUGUGUGCGCCGUGAGCAGAGGAGGAGGAUCCUUCAGACGCUGCUGUGGUUUGUGGUCACUCUCGUCCUCGCUCUCUUCACCCCGGAUAUCGGUCGGGUGAUCUCGCUGAUCGGAGGAUUGGCAGCCUGUUUUAUCUUUGUCUUCCCAGGUUUGUGUUUGAUGCAAGCCAAGCUGUCAGAGACAGACAGCCGAACUGCAAGCUGGCAUGGAUUGGUGGUCUUGGCUGUUGUGAUGGUUACGGUCGGAGCUUUCAUCUUUGGCGUCACAUCGACCAACUCCAUCUAUCAGGACAUCGCCAGCUAAAAGGAACAAUUUCAUCAGAGCCAGCGGUGUUCAAGACGGGGAGGAUAUAAGUCCUAUGCUGCUAUUCUGAACUGCUGGAUCAGAUGGAGAAGGAUCUCAUGAUACAUUUUUCUUUUUUAAAUCCUCUACGGCAUGUAACAUCCCUGCUCUAUACUGAGUUAAAGCUCCUCUUUACCCAGUCAGGUAGUAGUGAGAGACGCCCCACAAUGCCAAAUGACUUCAGACACUUUUUAUUUAAUGUAGUUUAAAUUGCAUGUUUAAUGUUUUUAUGGCGGUUUUAACUGGCGGUUUAGGGGCACAGAGGGGCGUCUGUUCAGGAGGCGCAUUCCUGUCCUGUUUACAAGAGCUGAAGGACUUUGUACAGAAAGGUCUUACAAUCAAAUUGAUUUUGAUAAUGAAAUUGUACCAAAUUGUGUAUUUUAACUUGCAUGUCAAAGUAAAUGUUUCUUAUUGAAAAUGACAUGCUGUGGUUCCCAGGUCUAAUCCAGGUCCAGACUUUAUGUUGCCGCUGCUGAUAGUUUGUCCACAAAUUAAGAAUUAUUUAGUGUCAAAUGGUAAAUUUAAUGGAGUGAUACGUUUGCAUAUAUAAUGAGUGGUGCAAUAACGGCAAGAUGAGACGGACCAAGCCAAGUUGAUUCAUUUCUAGUCAGUACCUCUUUUUUAAAAGUUUUUUAGGGCCUUUUUUUGACUGUGGUAGAGAUAGCGUGAAAGGGGGAAACGGAGGGGAAGACCUGCAGGAAAGGGCUCUAAGCCAAAUUCGAACCCAGGUCUUAGUCAGUCAAUGCCUCUUUUUGAGUUGAAAAAGUGAGAUUUGAGCAAUCUGAGCAAUGCAAACUAACCAGAUUAAAAAAAAAAAAAUAGAUUUAGGAACAUUUUAGUUAUUUAUUUUUUAGCAUUAUUGUUUUCUUAUGUUUUAUAAACUUAUAAAUGAUUUUUAUAAUUGGCUUUGAGGAGAAAUCAGUUUUUUGUCAAAGUAUAAAACAUUACAAUUCAUGUAGAUCCUGCAGGCCUUUAAAAAGAUAAUUCUAUGUGCAAAACUGUGAAAAACCAAGACAUUGCACAGUUCUGUUCUGCAGGGUGUCAGAGAUAAGCAGCACACAUUCAGGAAACCAAAACCAAAACUAAUUUGUGGGAGCAGAUUAAAACAUGAUACUGUCUUUAUGAAUGUAUGCAAAAAUGGAUGUGACCUGCACAGUUCAGUCUGUACCUUAUUUUAAGUUUUAUUAACUGGAAUCAGUUCACAAGCUCACAAGAGUGAGAUGUUAGAAAUAAUUUGCUUUUUUUUCCCUACAGCCAAAGUGAGCUUUGUUUUUCUUCCCCUGAUAUAAGACCUCAUCUCUUUAACACUAAAAAUGUUCAUAACAGUUAAUUUUAAAUAAUUUCAUUUCAAGAAAAUUGUUUUUUCAAUCAAGCUGCAGCUGACCUGGUAAUCAGGACUAAACUGAGUAGAUCUUUACAUUCAUUUUCGAUACCACAGCUAAUUUGAGGUAUGUUUAGCAUGCUAUUAUUAUAAUUCAAGUGAUUGUUUUCCCGUUUUUGUGAAACCAGCCAAUAUAAAAGGUGUUUCAUUUGUGGGACAUGAAGGGACAGUAAAGAUUAAAGGGAUUUUUUCACAGAAAAUGCAAUUACUUGUAAUUAAUUAUUAGUCAUGGUGUUGGACAAAAUACAUUUAACAUAUAAUGUUAAAUGUAUUUUGAAGGGAAAAGCAGCUAUACUCGUGAUUAAUGCUAUCUGUGACUAGCAGUACAAAAACACCAGUGUAAGAGUGUUUUUACUUGAUUAAAAUGUCUUGAAAGUAGGGCUGGGCGAUACAGAAAAACAUUUUUUUGACCAAACACCUCAAUGAUGAUACUGUAGGGUAGUUUUCAUAAAUAAUCAAUGAGAAUUUAAUGACCAAGUGAGUAAAAGAAACUAACAGAAGAGCUAUGCAUAUAAUUUCAUUACUCAGCCCUACUUGAAAUUAUUGUUGGAAUUGUUUUUAUGGUUUGCUGCUAAGCCAUUUGUGUCAAAGUUUUUUUUUCUUUUCUUAUCGUGGUGCUAGAGUUACUGAGUGAAUGUCAGGUGCUUUUGAUUUCUGUCACUGAUUCACUGUUAUCAGACUGAGGUAUAUAUGGCAUUUGUUAGUCAGAAAUCAUGUGUCCCUCUUGUGUCAAAUAGAAAGAUGACUUGAAGUUUGAGUUUUGAUGGUAAUUAAGAUCUACCUGUGAUGUUCCAAUAAGUUAGCUACAAUCAAGGCAUGUGAAUAAUCUGACAAUUCAUGUCACUGGCAGUUCAAACCAUUUAAUAAAAGACACGGACAAGUGAA